CAUUCUACAUGAAAGCUUCAGACUUGCUGGCCUGCUGAAUUUCCCCUCAACUUUUGGACUAUUGGAACAUACAUAUUGUUUUUUUUUUUUUUUUUUCAUACCUCCCUCUUGGAAGAGGACAAUUUGAUUGACCCAGUUGUUCCAAACUGUGCGUCCUACUCGUCGCUGGAUACUUUUACGCACAGUUGUUUGACACUCAAGAGGACAAUGCCUCGGUCUUUCUUAGUUAAAAAGUACUUCGCCAAACAAAAGCCAAACUACAGUGAACUGGAAUGUCAGAAUGAUACGUCACUGGACAAAUAUCCUCUCGCUGAGCUCUCAUCCAGCGCCACCUGCUUGACAGCAGGUCUGGUGUGGGACCUCAGCGUCCUGCCUGCUCUCUACUUGCCCACCCCCCAAACGGAGCCUACGACCAUCCCGGGCCCUUUGGACCUCAGCUCCCCAUCCAGCCUCAGCAGCAGUGCCAGCAGUAGCGGCGAGGAGGACGAAGGCCGUAGUUCAGACCCCCCCAGCCCAGAACCGGUGCACACGUACGCCCCUCGUCAGCGGAUGAAAUGUACUGGCGUGAUGGCUCAUGUCAGUCCUCCGGAGGAAGAGGAAAGGGAGGCUCCCUUACCUGCGAGCAGGCCUGCCUUCCUCUGCAAACACUGCCCUAAAGAGUACACCAGCCUGGGGGCUCUAAAGAUGCACAUCCGCUCACACACCCUGCCCUGCGUGUGUACUACAUGCGGAAAGGCUUUCUCCAGGCCGUGGCUGCUGCGCGGCCACAUCCGCACACACACAGGCGAGCGUCCGUUCUCCUGCCCCCAUUGCAACCGAGCGUUCGCCGACCGCUCCAAUUUGCGAGCUCAUCUGCAGACCCAUGCCGAGGUGAAGAAGUACCAGUGCGGCGUCUGCUCUCGCACCUUCAGCCGCAUGUCGUUGCUGCAGAAACACAGCUCCUCAGGGUGUUGCUCCGCCAAUGUGUGAGAUGCGGUAGGAUAAGGACCUGUUGACUGAUGAAAGCCUCUCAGUCCGGAAAGACGUUGAAAUUGCAGCUUUAUGAAAAAUGGAAGGAAAUAGUCCUCAUUGUGGAUCAGAAUUUUACAAGCCGUGCAAAUCAUUUCCAUAUUAUUUUGAAGUUUCGAGGCUGUCGGACCAAAUCUGACUUGAGCUGAUAGUCACUCGAUAUCAGCCCCUUUGCUGCCAUUGUGUGCAUUCCAAAGACCAAAUAUGUACUGAACUCAUUGGGGUAAGAGGUUUUCUUUCCUGUCUCCGUCCUGGUGCCGGACAGCUCAGGAUCACUGCCCAGAAACAGCUGCUGAGAGGUAGGGGUGCGUGGGUGGUAUAAACCUCUCAGUGUGCCUCCAAACAUGCGCACACACAGAAAAGCCAUCGCACACACAGCUGUCCCCGGUACUCUGGCGUAGAUAGACGAGGUGCUAACAGGUGCUUCAGCAGUGAUCUUCGCCGGCGGAUAGCAGGUGACUCUACUGCCCUUGCUAUAAAAAAGACCUGGUCGCAAAGGACUUUGUCUUUCUACGAAAGAUGGUCACCUUAAGCCUCUAUUUUGACUACAGCCCAACCUUCGGUUUAACUGAUGACUUCCAAUGAUAGGAACGUGAGAAGUCGUGCACUCAAUGUUACCACAGUGUUAAUAAUAUCAGUCAAAGCCAUAAGUGAAAUGAAUUUGUGCCUAGAUUUUUUUUAUCUUUGUCUUAUUUACCUCAUUGCUGUUUGUGGCCUUAAUUCAUGUUUGCAGUAUUCAAAUAAUUGAUAACCAAAUCAUUGAAACGCAGGAAGGCUGGGACCAAGCAUUUCCACCAAAGUUUACACCAUAAGGACAUGGUUGCCAAAUAUGUGAUGAGAGCAUUGUAAACGGACAAUACAACGAUAAAUUGUAAAGUUUCUUGAACAUGUAUGGCAGUGUUUUAUAGUGCAAUGUGCUGAUGAUGUGUUCUUUAAAUUUUGUACCCCGCUUGUGUGUCCACUAUUUUGUGUAUGCCCAAAAAUUAUUCAGA